AGAGAACCGGCAGCACCGGUGGCAGGGGGCGGGGGAGGCGGGAGGGCUGAGUCGUCUUACAGAGUUUGUCGCUGUUUUGAAUAAGUCGAUGGCAGAGCUGGGGGCUUUCGUUGUCCCGGCCCCCUCCUACUGGGGCGAUUAACUCAGUGGCUUUGGGGCUUUGCAGGGGAUGCAUGGCCCUGCCGCUUCCUUUAGGCGGGGAAGAAGAGGAGGGCUCGGUUGAUCUCUCUAAGACCCAGAGGGAGCCUAAGCCGGGGGGGGGGGCGGUAGGCUGUGCUGAUUACAGAAGAGCUGGAGCCUUCAGUCUCCAUCACCAGCCAUUCAGGCGCAGAAAGACAGAGCGAGGAAGAGGAGGAGGAGGAGGAGGAGGGGGAGAAGGGGCGAGGGGUGGGGGAGGGAAUCUGACCACCCGGCUGGCAAUGGCCUGAGCCGAUGCCUUAGGAGAUCUAGCCCUCCUGCUCCGGCUGCCAAGCCGUGGACCGACCAGCCCUGCCUCCUCGCCACCCGGCUCCCAUUCCGCUUGCACAAUGCCCGCUGUACGGCGUAGCCCCUUCCUACACUAGGGGGGCUCGGCUGGGGAUGUGAGCCGGCGGGCAGGGAGAGCCAUUGUGGGGAAGAGGAGCCAGCCAGAGAAGGCCGAGCGAGGCUAUGAGGUGUGGGCGACCGGAGAAGGCUCCUCGCUGAACCAUGAUGAAGACGGAGCCCCCCGCCGCCAGCCCCGGCAACAGCAACAGCGGUAGCCUGAGAAGUGCCUCUCCCCACAGGAACGCCUACGAAGCGGGGAUCCAGGCCCUCCGAGCCACAAAGGAUGCCCUUGGGGCCGCCGAGAGCGAGGAAGCCAAGAAGGCCAGGAACAAGAAGUAUGGGUCCAACGUGCACCGGAUCAAGAACAUGUUCCUGCAGAUGGGGACCGCCCCGCCGGGCGAGGGCACCUGCGACCUGGCCAAGGUGAAGGAGAAGCCUGUCCGGCUUUCCUUGCCCAGGGCCAGCAGCCUGAACGAGAACGUGGACCACAGCGCGCUGCUGAAGCUGGGGACCAGCGUGUCGGAGAGGGUGAGCCGCUUCGACUCCAAGCCCGACAAGCCGGUCUCCAAGCUCCAGGAGACCCGGAAGAUCUUCGAGCGGAGCCUUCAGGAGAAGGAGACCACCAACAAGCUCCUGCUGAGGAAGGAGAGGGCUGGCUUCCAGGACAGGAAGCUGGACGUGGUGGUGAGGUUCAACGGGAGCACCGAGUCCCUGGACAAGCUGGACACGGAGGCCGUGUCGCCCACCGUCAGCCAGCUCAGCGCCGUCUUCGAGAAGGCCGACCUGAGGAACAACCUGCACAAAACCCCCAGCAAAGUCGGGCCCCUCAACUCCAAGAUCGUCAGCAAGAGGUCCCGGGUCUUCCUCCAGGGCCCAGAAGGGGGCAAGGCGGAAGCCAGGGGGGGCGACGGGCCGGCUCUCCAACUGAGAGCCAAGCAUCUUGAGGGCGAGAAGGCCCAACCCAAACCGGUCGCGCCCAGGCCGGGCGAGAAGGACGCCACGGGCCCGCGGGCCCAGAGCGUCCAGGAGGUGCGGAAGAUCAAGCCGGUGGAGGUGGAGGAGAGCGGGGAUUCGGAGCAGGAGUUCGAGGCCGCCGAGCAGGUGGAGGAGACGGCGGCCGAGCAGGACAAGAGCAAGAGCUUCACGCCUGGGCCCGAGCGGGCCGAGCUGAUCCAGGCCGCGGUGACGGCGCACGCGGCCUUGGAGAACGGCGGCCUGGCUGCGGAGAAACACGGGCAGGCCCCGGAAGUGGACGCCUACCCCGAGGAGGAGGGCAAGGCCGAGGGGCAGGAGGAGGCCGACCUGGGCGACGAGUCCAAGAAGGAGGACUUCUCGGAGGCCGACCUGGUGGACAUCAGCGCGUACAGUGGGCUGGGGGAGGACUCGGGGGGGAGCGGGCUGGACGAGGACGAGGAGGCCGACGGGCUGUACGAGCCCGAGUCGAGCUGCAUGGAGAUCCCCGGGCUGUCGGAGGAGGAGGAGCUGGUGCCCAACCGCAAGAUCCAGUUCAGCACGGCUCCCAUCCAGGUAUUCAGCACCUACUCCAACGAGGACUACGACCGCCGGAACGAGGAUGUGGACCCCAUGGCUGCCUCGGCUGAGUACGAGCUGGAGAAGCGGGUGGAGAGGCUAGACCUCUUCCCGGUGGAGCUGGAGAAAGACUCCGAGGGGCUGGGAAUCAGUAUUAUCGGGAUGGGUGCCGGAGCGGACAUGGGCCUGGAGAAGCUCGGCAUCUUCGUCAAGACGGUGACCGAUGGGGGAGCGGCCCACCGGGACGGCAGGAUCCAGGUGAAUGACCUCAUCGUGGAGGUGGAUGGUACCAGCCUGGUGGGCGUGACCCAGAGCUUCGCAGCCUCGGUGCUGAGGAACACCAAGGGUAGAGUCCGGUUCCUGAUCGGGCGGGAGAAGCCGGGCGAGCAAAGCGAGGUCGCUCAGCUAAUCCAGCAGACGCUGGAGCAGGAGCGGUGGCAGCGGGAGAUGAUGGAGCAGAGAUACACCCAAUACACGGAAGAGGACGAAGAAACGGGUGAAUAUGCCACAGACGAGGACGAGGAGAUGAGCCCCAUGUUCCCCAGCAGCGAGAUGGCCAUCGAGGUCUUCGAACUGGCUGAGAACGAGGACAUGCUGUCCCCCGUCGAGAUGGACCCCGAGAAGCUGGUGCACAAGUUUAAGGAGCUCCAGAUCAAACACGCCGUCACCGAGGCCGAGAUCCAGCAGCUGAAGAGGAAGCUGCAGUCCAUUGAGCAGGAGAAGGCUCGCUGGCGAGCCGAGAAGGCCCAGCUGGAGCAGAGCGUGGAGGAAAACAAGGAGAGGAUGGAGAAGCUGGAGGGUUAUUGGAUGGAGGCCCAGAACCUGUGCCAGGCAGUGGAUGAGCACCUGAAAGAGACUCAAGCCCAGUACCAAACCCUGGAGCGGAAAUACAGCAAGGCCAAGCGGCUCAUCAAGGAGUAUCAGCAGAAGGAGAUCGAGUUCCUCAAGAAGGAGACGACCCAGAGGCGCGUCCUGGAGGAGUCGGAGCUGGCCCACAAGGAGGAAAUUGACAAGCUCCAGGAGAAGAUCUCCGAACUGGAGGGGAAGCUGCAGACCUUGAAAAAUUCAAACCCGACUUAAAACAAACACAAACACGAAGCAAUCGUUGGGGAGGAGGGACACUUUCCCCUUAACCCCCCCGCCCCCGUUUUGCCCCUGCCCCUUCCCCGCCCUCCCACUCCUUUUGGCCUUCAUAGACGGGAGAGGAAGGCACUAAAGUGAAACCACUAUGAAAGGAAUAAUAAUUAUCCCUCCUUCCCCCUGCCUUCCUUUGGGGGGAGAGAGAAAGGGGGGGAGGAGGGCUGGGGCCGGUGCAGGGGGGGGGGCUCUGGGAUUGGCUGGCUGGGUACCGGCUGGCCUGGAGGGGGCAGUAUGGGGAACGUCUCUGGGACAGGGGACCCCUCGUUAACUUGAUGGAUGCAUUUUUGGGGGGGGGGGGGUUGUUCUGCCUGUGUAUCCCCCCAACAUCCCCCCCCACAUUGAGGAGCCUUUCCAGCCAACCUCCCGGCUCGAGAUGAGCACCCGCGCCGUGUCCUCCCGAGGCCUCCAGGGAAGGGCUGUGCGGGCAGCACCCCGCCCCCCGUGCAGAGUGGGGCGUUGGAGAGGGGGGCAGGCAAGCUGGCCCGCAGCUCACACCUUGGUGAAAGGACUCUCUUGUGGAGGCCGGAUCUCUUCGCUGGCCCAUCCGCGGGACAAGCCACAGCGCUCUGUGUUUCGUGUGCUGGUGGGAAGCGUGUCUGGGUUUGAGAUCUCGGACCAGUGCCAGGCAGGGUCUGGACCCAGGAAGGCGGGCAAGCUGCUAGCAUUGCACAGGAGGCUCUGGGCAGCGCUGGCAGGGACGGGCUGUGCCUGUGGGUGACCCUGCCCCACCCACUCCGGGUAACUUCAGGGACCAGCGCCUUGGCCUCUCCGCCGCGAGUCCGUCCCGGAGGAUUUCAGGGAAUGACCGCGAGUGUCCGGCUGGGCUAACACCUCCCCAGACAGCGUGGGGCAGAUCCUGGAACAGAGACACCCCCUGCCCCCCGCCUCCCGGUGAGCAGCCUGCCGGGGACAGACUUUGGGCAUCUGCCUCUUCCCCCGCAGCUGGAUGGAUACAGUGACGCACGGGCUGUGGGGUGGGGCUUGCUCCUUCUCGGGCACAACGCCGGCGCUCGAUGGGAGGAAAACCACGACGGGAAAUGGCCCCAGCCGAGACUCCUCGGCGCUUCGCUCCGCAGAGGCACCAGGGACUGCGGGCUGGGGCUGGCUUCUAGCUGCAUGAUGAGCCGGCGGGAGGGGGCCCGGGGUGUUCACGCUGAGUUUCUUUGCUCUAGAGGGGAGGGCAGACCCAGGUCUUGCCCACAGCAGAGGACUGGCCCGAGGUGACUAAAUGGGGUCGGACUCAGGCUGGCGUCAAGCAGUGCACGUGGGAGCUGGCAUGCACACAGCACGCGCAGGGGCCUGGCACUGGUGCCCUCACACCCAUGGAUGGGAUGGGGGCACUGGUGCGCUCACACUCGUGCGUGGGAUGGGGGCACUGGUGUGUUCACACUCAUGCAUGGGAUGGAGACCCUGGUGAGCUUACAUCCAUGUGUGGGAUGGGACACUAGCAUGCUCACACCCAUGCUUGGGAUGGGAGCACUGGUGCGCUCACACUCGUGCGUGGGAUGGGGCACUGGUGUGUUCACACUCAUGCAUGGGAUGGGGACCCUGGUGAGCUCACACCCAUGUGUGGGAUGGGACACUAGCACGCUCACACCCAUGCUUGGGAUGGGAGCACUGGUGCGCUCACACCCAUGCAUGGGAUGGGGGCACUGGUGAGCUCACACCUGUGCGUGGGAUGAGGGCACUGGUGAGCUCACACGCUAGUGUGGUAUGGGACACUAGCACACUCACACCCGUGCAUGGGAUGGGGCACUAGCGCACUCACACCCGUGUGUGAGAUGGGGGCAUUGGUGAGCUCACACCCAUGCAUGGGAUGGAACAUUAGUGUGCUCACACCCAUGCAUGAGAUGGGUGCAUUGGUAUGUUCACACCCGUGCAUGGGAUGGCGGCACUGGCACACUCACACCUGUGCGUGGGAUGGGGGCACUAGCGCGCUCACACCCAUGCAUGGGGUGGGGCAUUGGUGCGCUCACACCCAUGCAUUGGUUGGAGGCACUGAUGCAUUCACACCCGAGCAUGGGAUGGGGCAUGGCAUGCUCACAGCCAUGCGUGAGAUGGGGGCACUGGCGCGCUCACACCUGUGCGUGAGAUGGGGGCACUGGCGCGCUCACACCUGUGCAUGGGAUGGGGCACUGGCGUGCUCACACCUGUGCAUGGGAUGGCAGCACUGGCACACUCACACCUGUGCGUGGGAUGGGGGCACUAGCGCGCUCACACCCAUGCAUGGGGUGGGGCAUUGGUGUGCUCACACCCAUGCAUUGGUUGGAGGCACUGAUGCAUUCACACCCGUGCAUGGGAUGGGGCAUGGCAUGCUCACAGCCAUGCGUGAGAUGGGGGCACUGGCGUGUUCACACCCAUGCGUGGGAUGGGGGCACUGGCGCGCUCACACCUGUGCGUGAGAUGAGGGCACUGGCACGCUCACACCUGUGCAUGGGAUGGGGGCACUGGCGUGCUCACACCUGUGCAUGGGAUGGGGGCACUGGCGUGCUCACACCUGUGCAUGGGAUGGCAGCACUGGCACACUCACACCUGUGCGUGGGAUGGCAGCACUGGCACACUCACACCUGUGCGUGGGAUGGGGGCACUAGCGCGCUCACACCCAUGCAUGGGAUGGGGGCACUGGCGCGCUCACACCCAUGCGUGAGAUGGGGCACUGGUGCACUCACACCCAUGCACAGGGACCUGGCACCCCUGUAACCACCCCACUGUCUGACCUAGUUUCGUUACCUCUGUGCAAUUGCCUCGUCGCCAAGGCGUCAGGCUUAAGCCUCCUUCCUUCCUUUUCAUUUUUCUUUCUUUUCGUGCCUGCUCCUGUGGUGCCUCCUUUUCCGCCUCUGGCCAAACGGGCGCUUUUGGGCACGGGGGAGACGGGGUGGAAGCCCCCAGCUCCCCUUUAUUUCCAGGGAGAGGAGAAAAGAGGUAGGAACUUCCCCAAAGCCUUGUGAAAAGUGAACCCUUCAGGUCCCCCUCUGAGCCGGUGAGCGGCCCCGCGUGCCCCGUUUGGGGGGGACGAUGCUGCCGAGCUGGGCCCUGGCCCCGAUCUUGCGCCUGGCAGAGCGUAGCCAGUAUAAGCGAGAGGCGUCCUUCGUCGUCAGCCCCCCCCCCCCCGCCGGACAGGCUUGCACGGCCACCCCCGGUAGACGUGUCUUCAGGCCCACGCGGCCCAUCCCUCCCCUCACGUAAAGGCCGAAUGAGUUUUUAUUUAAAGCGACAACAACAACAAAGGAAAAUAAAUACGUGUUCAAAACCAAACGAUCGCUUUUAAAAAUUGUAAAUAAAAAAAAAAUCGCAGUAUUUAUAUGUGGCCGGGACAAUUGUUUUCCUUUGUAAGCUGGAGAUUGCAAGGAGCGGGGGGGAGGUUUAUUAAGGCCUCACCCCCACACUGUCCAAGAAGGAUCAACAGGGUCCAAUCAAACCCCCACCCUGGUUGCCCUUCUGGGUAUAAACCGGCACUCUUGCUGGCCAACGCCCUUAAAGGCCGAGUCUCCGACAGUGACUGGAUAUGGGGGCGUUGGGAGCCAGAUCUCUGCCGGCUCGACGGGGCCGGGCUGGAGCUGGAAGGACCAGGGCCCACUGUGGACGGGCAGGUCAAUGCAGAAUAGACCCAGCAGCGAAGCCCUCUCGGGAGUUUGUGCAAAGCAACAGGAUGUCUGUGAAAUGGACGCAUUAAAAACCAGGAAGGCGACGUGGGCCCAGAACAGAGGGAAAGCGGGUGGGGGUGACAGGCCGCUGGGAAAUUGUCUUAAAUUUUUAUUUAAUCUCCUUACACACGUAUCAAUGUGUAUGUAUAUAUAUAUAUAUAUAUGGAUGGAUGGAUUGUUUCUGGUUUGUAUUGCAAUGUCCUCUCAUCGGAUCAUAUCAAAUACAGGCCCUCAUUGUC